AUGUUCGUUCCCAAGGCCGGUGGCCGCAGCACUCGUCGGCGCCCACGCACAAGCUCAGAUGAUUCUGUCAAACCCCCAAAGGCAAAGAGACAACGAUCGGUGCUGCGGCGCCCAGAUGAGUCGCCCUCCGAUACCAGCCUGGGACGUGAGGUUGCAAGGCUGUCGACACCCACCCUACCAAACGGCGACACCACUACGGACCCGGCCAGCGAUUCUCAUCUGGUUUCCCGGAUCACGAAGCAAGGUGAGGUCUCUGGAAGCAAUGAAGGAGCAGUGGUUUUGUCAAGCACCGAUUUCUACACCGUCGACCAAUUGCCAGCAUUGCCAGAUCAAAUUCGCGGGUCACAAACAGAACCUCUCAAAUGCUUUUUCGGACCUGGACAUGACCAUGCCUUAGCGUUAACCCGUUCACAUGCUAUUGUGUGGCCUUAUUCAGCGUCCACCUCAUCUCCUUCUCCAUCGGAAACCUUCACAGUCUCAAUUCCCGAGUCAUGCAGAGAUCCCAAGGGUGCGGUUCCACUCGGAGUUUUAUUAUCCACCGCGACAGGAGAAUACCCCGGGCUCUUGGUGGUUAUCCCAUCCACGGGUAAAAUGAUCUACUGGGAGACAGUCUCCAGUGCCGCCUCACUUGGCUUGUCCCGACAAAAGCAGAAUGGCAUCCAGGGAUCUACUCCAGGCAUGCUUUCCGGUGAAUAUGCCACGGAAAUCAUCAACGGGGAGCCUUCGGGGGUCAUUGCCACAUUUUCCUCCGGGCGCGUGGCACACGUUACACUCAGAGACUCUCAAGGAAAGCCAACGGUGCUUGUCAAUUUCCUCCGGAGCAAUGCAGGAAACGGCGGUGGUUUAUUCGGAGGCCUCAAAAACGUUUUGGGGGGCGGCUACUGGAGAAAAGAGGUCACUGCUGUCCGGGCCGGCGGCUCUUGUCAGCGCGGUCAACGUGACGUGGUUGUCGCAACCUCGACGGGGCUCAUCGAAAUAUGGGACACGCACUGGAAUCACGGCAACACCCUGAAGAAACGAUUUGAUGCGAAGGAUGACAUUCUGGCGGCUCUGCCUCGGGUCCAUACGAAACCACCUAAUUCCAUUGAGGAUCUCCAGGUUCUAGACUUUGCUUUCUCUGCAAUGCGUUCUUCGGAGGAUCUCACACAAGCUUCUGAGGGGUCCUGGCGCCUUUUCUUGGUGGUCAGGUCACCUCAGUGGCCAGAGACCAAGGCUUUGUUUGUUGUUCAAGUUGACUUGACAAGCUCGUCUGGUUGUCGUGUUGUGUCCACCCAUGCGGUGGAUGUGCAUCAUAUUCCUGCGCAGAUACUCGAUGAGUCAAAGCCCAAGAUCUUUGUGCCAAAGCCAGAAGAAACAGCAUUCAUUCUCAUUGGCCAAUCUCUCGUCAUUCUGUCCUUGGCCUCGACAUUAGACGAUACCCCAUCUUCCCAAUUGCUCCACGAUAACAAUAGGAUACCCCUUCCUUUCCAAGACACUAUCCACCUGAGAUCCGGCAAAGACCACGAAAUCCUAGGAUCCACAUCAGAGGAUCAAUCUCACGAUUCACCAUACCCGGCAUGUGUGCUCAUGCUUCGAAAUUGUGGUGUGAUACGUGUGACAGUGCUGCCUCGCCGCGAAAACACCAGCGAUGAUGUUGAAGAAACUCAGAUUACGGCGAAGCACAAGCUUGAGCAGGCUGUCUUCUUCGGUACUAUGGCGAAGAACCCUUUGAAUCUUUCUGGCGCCAGUGAUUUGAACUUUCCUCCAUCGGAAAUGGAGCAAGCCUCUUUGGAAAUUUGCAGCGAAUUACUCCGAUCCUCAUCUCGCUUCAUUCCCACCACAACCAUUUCUUUGGAGCAGAAUCUUCGACUGAGAGCAAAGGCAUUAGAUGAUCUCGCGUCUUUACUUUUACAGAAUGGCAACCCUCUGAGCCGACCAGCAAGGUGGGAGCUUCUUUGGGCUGCCGAGAAAAUUGCCGCCCAGAGAGCUAUGUGGAAGGCCCAGGAGUCAUUCAAGGCCAAAUCCGAAGAUGAAGAGCAUCUCCUUAGCCUCGUGAUCCGGGCCAUGAACGAUAAGUUCAAAUCUCCGCUCAGCCCACUGAAUGGGGAAUCUGAUCCCGUACGUCAAUGGUUCUUACGUGAUUCAUACCGCAUGGAGCAUAUUAUUCCAUGGAUAAAGAAUGCGAUCAAGCGUCGUCGGGGCAAUGUUUCUAUCAACGCGCGAACCUUGGCAGAUCAGAUACUGGAGGCCAGCGAGCUGUUCCUUGCCGUCACUGAAACCGCUUUCCGAUACCGUGAUGAGCAUGUUAUGCAGUUUGGCCUGAGUGAGGACUUUUUGGAGGAUGGAGUUCUGUCCGAUGGAUACGAAGUCCUUCCCGAGUUUUGGACCUCCCGCGGCGUUGGCUACUCUGAGGCAGGGCACCUACUUGAUCUGGAACUUGACAGCUGCCGCUCAUGGCAGGCUCCAACGGCCACUGCCGAUGCACCUGACGCGCAGGUGCUUGAACGAGUCGCACAAAACAGCUAUCGACAUCUCCGCGUGAUCGGUCAGAUGCAUCUUGAGCGCACUCGCUGGCUUUCGGCACAGGGAGACCCCAAGAUGUUGGACGAGAGUGUCUCGCUUGAACAGGCUCACGUUGUAGACCGCAAGUGGAAGAUUUUCAAGUUGGCUGGUAUCGGCCAUCUUCACGACGCCAUCACUCUGGCCGAAGGUUUCCGAGAUAUGGGCGCAUUGGUCGAAUUGCUCGUUGAGCUCCAGGAUCAAGAAGCAAGUUCGACAUCCGACAUUCCUGCCGGUCAAGCGGAGAUCGAGGCCGAGCAGCUAGUGGCCAAAUAUUUCGACAAGUUUGGUGACACAUGGGCGGAUGCAUACUUCUCCCAGCAGAUAGCCAUGGGUUUCCCUGGUUCCCUGUUUACUCGGAAGUAUCAAUCCGCUGUCACUCAAUUUCUUCGAAGGAACCCCGCAUAUGCCCGUCUCAGCUGGAUCAAUGAUGUGACCGGGGAAAACGAUUACGAUUCGGCCGCCAAUUCCUUGGAGAACCUAGCGAUUAACAGUGAGAAAGAUCUUUGGAGCCACCGCGUGGAAAUGUCCCUCGCAAAGCUAGGGAAAUUAGCGACGCAGGAGCAAAACCAAUCAUCUCCACAGAUCUCCACUCUGCAGGUCGAUGUGAAACGUCUUGAAGAUUACCAUGAGGUUGACGGGGUCCAAGAAAUUCUCUACGGGCACAUCCAACCCAUCUGGCAGGGUGCGAUCGACAGAAACGCCGAGGCUGAACUAGCUCUUGAGUUUUAUGGGGGACACUUGUUUGAGGAUCGACCGUCGCUUCAUGAACUUUUGAGUGAAGCCCUUUUUACUUUAGUCAACAGACAAGUGGUUGGUGUGGACGGUCUUGUCGACCUCCUCACCUUGAUGGGCCCUAGCCAGCCCGCUGAUGAUGGGUAUGAGCUUGUCAGGAGCGAGUCUCAUCUUGCGUUACAGGUUCUUGAUUACGGUCGCUAUGGCCAACGGGAUCCUGCAUAUCUUACGGCUCUCCAACGAUUGAUUUGGCGGCGAUGUCUGAUCAAAGACGAUUGGGUGGCUCGAGGCAAGGCCGCGGAGAAACCCAAUGGCAAUUCGGACAGCUACAUUGGCGAUACUGCCUUGUACCGGACACUGAUUGCAUGCUUGGAAGGUGAGUGCGCUUGGAAUGACCUAUCGAUCGUUUGGCCAGGAGAAACUAAUGGAAUAUGUACAGAACCAAGAGCCCGGGACGGUUCUAUCUACGUGCCACUGUCCCCUGCCGAGGCGCUGAUGGCGGACUCGGAUUCAGACAUUCUCUUGUCACGCUUCCGCCCCGAACAGAAAUCUCGCGUGGCCCUUGAUCUUCAGGUGGAGAAUGACCUCCUGCGUCGGUACAUGGAGGUUGGAAAGGUGGACUUCUGGUUCCAAAACCUGCGUGAGACGGCAGAGGCUCAAUCCUUGGCCCCCGUGGAAGCCUCUGGGGGCGACGGGGUCACGGCAAACGCCUGA